CCGUACCCAAAAUUGUCCAAUCGAUCAUAGCUCCAUCUAGUAGAAUUAGAAAUAAGCUCAAUCGUCGAAUUUAAUUUAGUUCAUUUUUCUUUAAAUGUAAACAAAAUGAUUCAAAGACAGUUAACAAUUAGUGAAAAAAUUAAUCUUCUCAAUGAUUAUAGUGAAUUUGGAUUGAAUUAUGUGAAAAAUAAAUAUAAGGUAUCAAUCAAAACAAUUAAACGAUAUAAAAAUAACGAGGAAAAUAUAAGAAAAUCAUCAAAAAAUAAAACUAAGUUCAAACAGUAAGUUAAUCAUUGAAAAUUAAUCAACAACAAAUUCUAAUAAUUUUUUUUAUUGAUAGUGUUGGAGUUGAAAAGAAAGUUAAAGAUCAUGAUGAUGAGCUAAUUAAAGUACUAAAAGAAUAUCGAGAUGAAGGUUUUCCCAUAGGUGGCUGGUUAAUCAAGAAAGAAGGGAAAUUAAUUGGUGAUAAUCAAGGUAGAUUCGAGUUACAGUGUAGCAAUAUGUGGUUACGUAAAUUUUGCUUGAGAAAUAAUUUAAAGUUUGGUAAUCUUUCUGGUGAAUCAAAUGAUGUUGAUACAAAUACUGUUGAUCAAUAUCGAGUUAAUAUUCAACCAUUAAUGAGACUUUAUUGUGAUGAUCAAAUUUUUAAUGUUGAUGAAACAUCACUUUUUUAUAAAUUGUUACCAUCUAAAUCAUAUUUCUUCUCGAAAACAGAGCAUUUUGGAGGUAAAUUAUGUAAAGAAAGAGUAACAUUGAUGUUGUGUUGUUCUAGAUCAGGUAACAAAGAAUUACCUGUAAUUGUUGGUAACUCUAAAAAUCCUCGUUGGUUAAGAGAUAAUGAUUUAAACAAUUACGAAUUUGAUUAUGAUUCAUCUUCAUCAGCUUGGGUAACAUCACAAUUAUUUCAACGAUGGUUGAAUAAAUUACAUGAAAAUUUAGAAGAAAAAAAUUCAAAUAUUUUACUAAUUCUUGAUAACUUCAAUGGUCAUCAUGUUAAUCAGUCUGAUUAUCCAAGAAUUAAAUUUGAAUUUUUGCCACCCAAUACAACUAGUCACCUCCAACCCCUUGAUUGUGGUAUCAUAAAAUCAUUUAAAUCAAAAUUUGCUUCUAAUUUAAUCAAUCACGUUUAUAAUGAGUUCAAAGGCGGGAAAAAAAUUGAUCAAAUUAAAAAAGAAAUUAAAUUAAAUGUAGCAAUCAAAUGGGUAUGUAAGUCCUGGUAUGAAGUUCAAAAUGAGACGAUUGUUAAUUGUUGGAGAAAAUCAGGUUUGAUUCAAGUAAAUCAAGUUGAUGAGCUUAUUGUUGAAGAAAAUAUUGACCAAAUUGUAACUAAUUUAACUAAUUUAAGUAUUUAUAUUCCUGAUUUGCCAACUCAUGUUGAAUUUUUACAACAAUUAAGUAUAAAUGAUUCUCUAUUUUCUACCUUUGAUGAAUUAAAUUAAGUUUUUCGAAAAAAAUAUUUGAUCGAUUUUUACUAAUUUCAA